AUGUUGCCGCCGGAACGGAAAAUGGCGAAUGCAGAUGUCGAUGUGAUCGAUGUCCACAGGAGAUUGAUUGACUCUCUCUUAGCAAAGGCAGAACAGGUCAAGCCGGGAAAGGGGAUUGAGCCCCCGUUGACAGAAACACAGCUUGGGGAAUCCUUUUGGCUUAUCCAGGAUGAAGAUGCGCUGCCCGUCAAACAAUUGAGUCAACAAACACGGUUUGCCGCUGUGGAAAUUGCUUUUCGAGAAAAGUUUUACGGUCUCCUCGCUUCUACAACGAUCGAAGACUCCGAGUUUGUUUGCAUAUGGAAUUUACUGGACAUAAUAUCGGUUUUUUCCGACAAUGAACAAUGCGAACCCGGCCUCAUAUUCUGGUUGAUUGAGGAACUAUUAGACAGCCAGACGAUCGAGGGUUGUCGCAAGGUUUUUGAUUACUUGGAGUCUCGGAGAGAACGAAACACGAAGAAACAUUUCAAACAAAAGAACUUGAUUAUUUUAAGGUCUUGCAAUGAACUGCUUCGCAGACUCUCGCGAGCUGAGGAUACCGUCUUUUGCGGCCGUGUGUUUAUCUUCCUGUUCCAAAGUUUCCCUCUUGGGGAUAAAAGCGCGGUGAAUCUCCGAGGCGAAUACCAUACCGAGAAUGUAACGGCCUUCGGCGAUGACACGAAGGAAACUACUGGUGGAACAGAUGGCACGGAUUUGGAUAUGCCGGAUGCCAAGGAAACAACGUCGGUAGCUGACGUUCAGAAACAAGAGACCGAAUCCCAAGCCACCACCGAAAGGGAGGACAAGCUGACCGCGCCUGACAUGAACAAGACGUCAAAGGAGACCGUUUCUCAACCUGGAGGCCAAACAGGGGAACACACACCUGAUCUCGAUACUCUCUACCCCAUAUUUUGGGGGCUGCAAGCUUACUUCUCGUCACCAACGAAAAUAUUUAAUGCCCAGCACUUCGCCACAUUUAAGACCGGGCUUGAAUCCACACUAUCUGCUUUUAGGACGGUUAAUACAGACUUCGAAACUUCUAAUAGCAAGACACAUGAGGAAAUCCGGAAGUCGACCAAACGGAAACGAACCGCAGAUGGACCUGAAAUUGCAAGCAGCUUCAAUCCGAAAUACCUGACGAGUCGAGAACUCUUUGAUCUUGAGGUCAACGAUACUGCCUUUAGGCGACAUGUUUUGGUCCAGGCCUUAAUUCUUCUGGACUUCAUGCUGUCACUUACGUCAAAUUCAAAAGCGAAACUGGCUGAUUUGACCAACAAAUCUGUUCUAUACGGAUUUUUACUUAAUGACGAGGAUGCACAAUGGGCCGUGGGAAUGAGGAAAUCAAUUGAAGGAUAUCUUCAAGAAGGUGCGGGAGGAAAAUUUUACUAUCGUAUGGUGGAUACUGUUCUAUCGCGGGAUAAAAAUUGGGUGCGCUGGAAAGCUGAAGGCUGCCCUCCGAUAGAGAGGCCUGCAGUUUCAGUGGAUGAGUAUCUUAGCGCUCGCGACAAGGCAAUAAAGACAUAUGCCAACAGACGACUUCGUUCUUCUCCUAUGGCCUCUCUCAAUUUAAAGUUCCUUUCUGAAAGUGAAUCCUUAUCUGGAGUCGAAAGACUCAAAGAGACCGAAAGGUUCAAUGUUCCCGCCUUAGAGUCGCUCAUGCGAGUUAUUGAGGAUGUUGAAUUUGACAUUGAUACAGCGCAGACGAGGGAAGAUAAAGAAGCCGCUGUUCAAGCAAAAGCAAGCAAGACAUGGCUGAUGCUGCGGCUUUCUACCAAAAGCAAGUUCGCAGCUUUUGACAAGAUCGAAGACGGGAAAAAUCUUAAGUCCCUCUUUGAAACCACACAGUCCACUGAAGCCACCGCCCAGCCUACCAACAGUACGCUACAGGAUACUACAACGAAAAUUUCUCAGGAGGGCGAAUCAAAUGGGCUAUCGCAGGAUCAUGAAAUGGACACUGAAACUGAGGGAGGUGCAUCUGCUAAGGCUGAUGAGAAGGCAGCUGGUGUGAAUGAUGCAGUGAGCGCCGAGGCUGAUGUGCUGGGAUCAUGA